AUGGAAACUCAGGCAAGACCACAGCGAGUGAAAGCAGCUGUAUCUGCUCUGUGCAAAAUCCCGCUCCUCCUCCUGCUCCUGUACCUCUUCGUGUGCUCCCUUGACAUUUUAAGCUCUGCCUUCCAACUAGCUGGAGGAAGGGUAGCAGGGGAUAUCUUCCAGCAGAACACCAUUCUGUUUAACCCAGUAGCAGGGCUGGUGGUGGGGAUACUGGUGACAGUGUUGGUCCAGAGCUCCUCCACCUCUACAUCCAUCACAGUCAGCCUCGUCUCCUCUGGUUUGCUGGAUGUUCAGUCAGCCAUUCCCAUCAUCAUGGGCUCCAACAUCGGAACAUCGGUCACCAAUACCAUUGUUGCUCUAACGCAGGCUGGGGACAGAGAGCAGUUUGAAAGGGCAUUUGCUGGAGCUACAGUACAUGACUGUUUUAACUGGUUGUCAGUUUUGGUGCUUCUUCCUCUGGAAGCUGCGAGUGGUUUACUGAGGCGUCUGUCACAGGCUGCCGUCGACUCACUACAGCUCAGUACUGGAGAUGAAGCUCCUGAACUUCUAAAAGUCCUCACUGAGCCACUUACUAAGAGGAUUAUCCAGCUGGAUAAGUCAGUUAUUACAGCCCUUGCUACAGGAGACCAGAGUGUGAGGAACAAGAGUCUGGUGAAGCACUGGUGUCAUAUCACAACCACAGAGGUACUGGUACAAUACAACAUGAUGCUUCUUGUGUUCCAUUCCCUGGAGUGUUGCAGGCAUCUCUUCGUGAACUGCUCUUUGUCAGAUGUGGCCAUAGGCCUAAUCCUCCUGGCUUGCUCCCUGUUGGUGAUGUGCAGCUGUCUCAUACUUCUGGUGAAACUGCUCAACUCUCUGAUGAAGGGCCAGGUGGCCAGUGCUAUUAAUAAAGUCAUUAACACAGAUUUCCCUUACCCCUUUUCCUGGCUGGCAGGUUAUCUGGCUCUAGUAGUGGGAGCAGGCAUGACCUUUUUGCUUCAGAGCAGUUCUGUCUUCACCUCUGCCAUUACUCCUCUCAUAGGCAUUGGUGUAAUCAGUAUUAAAAGAGCCUACCCCUUAACUCUGGGAUCCAACCUUGGAACUACUACAACAGCUAUACUAGCAGCCCUGGCUAGUCCAGGAGAUAAGCUAGCUGCUGCCACACAGGUUGCUUUGUGUCAUUUUUUCUUUAACCUCCUUGGUAUCCUGCUGUGGUAUCCCAUACCAGCCACCCGACUACCCAUACGCAUGGCCUGUGCUCUUGGCAAAUGCACUGCCAGGUACCGCUGGUUUGCUGUUCUGUACCUCCUCCUCUGCUUCCUGCUGCUCCCAUCCUUCGUGUUUGCCCUCUCCAUGGCGGGCUGGAAGGCGAUGACUGGGACUGGUGUGCCAGUUAUGAUGGUGAUUAUAUCUGUUGCAACAAUAAACAUGCUCCAGGCACGUAGACCUGAAUGUCUGCCGCUUGGACUGCAGAACUGGGAUUUUCUUCCCUGUUGGAUGACCUCGCUGCGGCCCCUGGAUAACCUCAUCACCAGGGUGACCCUGUGUUGCAGGCGACAGAGAGCAAAUGAUGGCUGUGUAAUGUCACUUGAGGACAACACUAUCAACCUCGAGAAACCAAUAAAGGAGAAAUGGAAGCACAAGAGCUGGCAGAAACAAAGAGGACUUGGCAAACCUCGACAUUGUGAGAACAACAAUUGUAACAUGGGAGCAGGGUUGUCCAUAAAGAAAAACACUCACACAGACAAUCAGGACACUCAGCUGAGCAGCACUUACUUCUAG